CACUCCUAAAGAAAUGGAAGGAAAAAGAAACGAUCACUUCUUCUUCGCCUCUGAGUCCGUUGGUGAAGGUCAUCCAGACAAGCUUUGCGAUCAGAUCUCUGAUGCUAUCUUGGAUGCUGCUCUUGAGAUCGAUCCAGAAGCCAAAUCUGGACUUGAGACUGCUACCAAGACUGGAAUGAUAGUUUUGCUUGGAGAAAUCAGAAUGAAGGACAGAGAUAAGAUCGACCUUGAGCAGAUCGCAAGAAAGGUAUGUAAAGAAGUAGGAUUCACUUCUGAAGAGAUUGGACUUGACUGUGAGAAAUGCCAAGUAAUCAUCAAUGUCCCAGACCAGUCUGAGGAAAUUGCUCAAGCAGUACAUAUUGAUAAGGAAGAAGACAUUGGUGCUGGAGAUCAAGGAAUCAUGUUUGGAUAUGCCUGUGAUGAUGACGAAGAGACUCUCCAUCCACUAACCCAUUUGUACUGUAACAGAAUGUGAGAGAAGAUGGCUGAACUUAGAAGAUCUGGAGAACUUGGAUGGUUAAGACCAGAUUGUAAGAGUCAGAUUACCAUGGAAUACAAAAAGGAAGGAAAGGAUUAUGUGCCAGUCAGAGUACACAAUGUUCUUAUCUCCACUCAGCAUGAUCCAGAUGUUGAAGGAUUGGAAGAAGCAAUUAAGGAGAAAGUUAUUCAUGCUGUUAUUCCAGAAAAAUACUUGAUUGAUACUACUUACUUCAUUAACCCAAGUGGUUCAUUCGUUAGUGGAGGUCCAGAAGCUGAUGCAGGACUCACUGGAAGAAAGAUCAUUGUUGAUACUUAUGGAGGAUGGGCUCCACAUGGUGGAGGUGCUUUCUCUGGAAAGGAUGCCUCAAAAGUAGAUAGAUCUGCUGCUUACUAUGGAAGAUAUGUUGCCAAAUCUUUGGUUGCUGCUGGACUUGCUAGAAGAGUUUUGAUCCAAGUUUCCUACUCCAUUGGUGUAGCUAAGCCACUCUCUAUUCAUGUUGAUUCUUAUGGAACUGUAAAGGAAGGACUUGAUGAUGACGAUCUUGCCAGAAUUAUAGAUGAGAACUUCGACUUUAGACCAUCAAACAUUAUUAAAGAAUUAGACUUGAAGAGACCAAUCUUCAGAAAGACUGCUGCUUACGGGCACUUCGGAAGAACUGACCCAGACUUCACUUGGGAGCAACCAAAAACCUUAAACAUUUAACUGAGAGUUAUUUUAAAUAAGCCUCCAAUAAAUAAGCUUGUUAUUUGUAUUUUAUUGAUUCUCCAUCUU